AUGACAGAGCCAUCCGAGAACUUAAAGGAUUCAAUGCCCACAGAGAGGAAGUCCAUGUGGAGGACCUCGGAGGAGAGGCGGAUGUCCGACCUCACGCGGGUGCUGGAGUGGCUGCAACGCAGGCAGGGGAAGAAAAAGCAAACUUUCCAGAAACCCAACUGGGCGGUACCCCCUGAAACAACUGGGAAGGAAGAAAAGAAAGGCUGAAGCAUCCCCAAAAAGCAGAAAGGGAACCACCAGGCAGCCUUCUCUGAGAAGACCCCCGAGCAAGGCACCAAGAAGGACAAGGACCAUGUCAUGUACCAAAAGCUAAAGGGAAAACGCCUCAGCCUGGUUCCUGGCAGCUACUCCAGGGACAACCCCAAGAAAUCUGAACUAGACAUCAAGGAUGCCAUCGUCCUGGAGUCCACUCAACGGUCCGUGCCAUACCAUCGACAAAGCAUCAUCGACCCCAUGCUCCAGGACCCUCUCUUUAGCACUCGGAGGUCGACGCUCUUGAGAGACUGGGUGGUAGGCAGGAUGCCCGAGGUCUCCUACGAGCGCAAGCUGAAGAGCCUCAUGGAGAAGGGCGCCGAGCCCAAGGUGGAGACGGUGAGAAUGCUGAAGCCGGAGGAGGUGCUGAGCUGCCGAUACCUGAGGUUGUCCAAGAACAACAUUCGAACCUUGCUCAAGCUGUGCAAGGAUGCGGGCAUGAACGUGGACAUCCACCCCCACAUGGUCGAAGGGGAGAUAGACGCUAAAAAGUUUUCAGAAAUGCAAAUGAAAAAUACAAGGCAAUACCACUAACACCACCAGAAUGGAUGA